GGACCAAAAGUUGCAUUUUUCACUUCUGUUCCGGUUAGGUCUAAUAAAUGUAGGCUUAUAUAAAUUUCCACUCGAUAAUUUCCAUCCACAAUGCCCUGCAACAAUAUAUUCAAUCGAGUAUUAAAGAUGCCAACAAAAUCUUGAUGUUUUCAAACACUUACAAUGAUAAGACAGUUUUAACGUUUUAGGUUAGUGCUAUCAUUGCUGUUGUCAAGUUUGUUAUCAAAUGCAACAGAAAAAUGUGAACCUCAAAGCAAAAGACCAAACAUUAUUUUCAUCUUAGCAGACGACUUGGUGAGAUAUACAAAACUGUAUGGUAAAAUGUUGCAUUCAAAUGAUCUAUUCAAUUACACAGUGAACUGUACUGUUGGACAGUACAGUUCACUACUAACUACAAACCCCCCGCUUCCAAACCAAACUCCACUUAAGAGCCACCAAACCAAUCCCCACUGUGCUUUACAUAGGUUGACUGUUAUAAAGUUUUACGAGUUAUUAAUAAGGGACAGGUUCUUGGUAAAAAAAUUACUGAUCCAACCUUAAAAGGUCAAAUCCAGCUUCAAAUAUCAAUUAAAAAAUAAAUACCCAUCCCUGGCCAAAAACGUUGCAAAUAAAGGAUACCAUUCAGUUGUCACACAUGUCCUCUAUCACUUCUGUGACAUGAGUUUGAUAACUCCUUGUGCAAAUUUCUGUAAUUGUCUGCAAAUGUGCUUUCUUUGGAGACACCAUUUGCCUUCUGACAAAUCAGAAGAUGAUUACGAUAGUGACUAUGAUUGACUGUGGAUUGAUUGAUUUACAUAUUGAAUAGACCUUUCCCCUUUUAAGUGAAAUUUUGAUCUAGACAAGUCUGGACAAAAAUUUCAUCACAGCUUGAAAGAGCAUCACAAAAUUAGUAAUAUUCCGAAGUUUCGUUGCGAAAUGUUGUAAAAUGCGGAUAAUAUAGCCUUGCGAAGUUUGCCGGUUUUCAGUCAUUUUAGAUUACAAACGGGAAAUUGAUAAUCAGAUGAUCAAACUGAUUAUCAAUUUCCCAUUUGUAAUACCAAAUGACUGAAAAACGGCAAACUUCGCAAGGCUAUAUUAUCCGCAUUUUACAACAUUUCGCAACGAAACUUCGGAAUAUUACUAAUUUUGUGAUGCUCUUUCAAGCUGUGAUGAAAUAUUUGUCCAGGCUAGUCUAGAUCAAAAUUUCACUUAAAAGGGGAAAGGUCUAUUGACACAUGACUGUUGACAAUAAAUAACGGUUUUAAUGCAAACUGGUAUACAUGAAAUUGCAGCGAAUGUUAUCGUUCAUUAAGCUAGCGCAUCAGUUGUGUUUUUAUGUUUGUUUAUACUAGUCUUAAUACUCUAUGUGCACUGGAGUUUUUAUACUUCAUCUGUUAAGAAAGGCGAGGGGUUGCUACAUGCCUGUAUUUUGACAAUAAUUUUUAUUACCCAACCCGCGAGUUUGUUUUUUUAUUUAUUAUUCAAUUUCGUCCUGCUAGGGAUGGGAUGACGUCAGUUUCCAUGGCUCAAACCAGAUCCCCACGCCAAACAUCGACAAACUAGCGAAUGAAGGAGUGAUCUUAAACAGUUACUACGUCUCACCAACGGGGACACCCACUAGAGCGGCGUUACUCACAGGAAAACAUCCCGUCAAUUUAGGUAAGUACGUCUGUUGACACACCUACGAAACACAAGAUUACUACAUUAUAAUGAGAAGAAUGAACAUUAUUCAGGCCCGCGUAACUAGGAUUUUAAUUUAGGUUUACCGAGUCCACCGCUAGAGGUUAGAGGCGGGGUUAGGGUGGGGGUCAGGGAUCCGCCUUGAUACAUUAUAAUAGGGGUCACACGAAGUAUAUAAAAACACGAAGUAUACAAAAAACUGUAUAUAAUCAUUAAGAACAUUAUUAUAAUCAUUAAGAACAUUAUUUUCUCACUCUGCUAAUUGUAGGUUGACAAGCAUGUACUACUUUGAUUGUUGCAGGUCUUCAACAUGGGUCUAUAUUUAGCUCUCAGCCAUACGGCUUACCACUAGACCAGGUCACAUUGCCACAGUAUCUCAAGCCAUUGGGUUAUGUCACUCACGGAGUGGGAAAGGUUCGACAUUUAAAUUACUUCAUUUAAAUUACCGAGGCCAUUUUUGCUGCCAACUUGCAACAGAAUUUCUGACAUAGAGCCAUAUCAUCUGAAAAGUAGUCAUGCUACUCCUUCCAUUUCCAUCCCUAGUGCCUAUUUUAACUGGGGGGCGGCAAAACCAAGAUUAGGGCCUAGUGUGGGCUCCCCAGAGUAAGAGUUAGGUCACUAAGGGUAAUGUUAGGGCCCAGCUGUGUCACUAACUACACAAGCAAAAAUCUCACAUCUUGUAACAAGUUGUCUUCGCACUGCUUGUCGCAAGUUGUCAACAAGUUUGGAACACGCUGUUAACAAUUUGUAACAAUCUUGUUGAUAUUAUCAGGCUAGUUACAUAAGGUUGUUCCAACAAGUCUGAUACAGUCGUGAUAUAGCAGUAUUGUUACAACCUUGUGUCGUCAAUCUUGUAACAUUCUUGUUAUAUCAUGACUGUAUCAGACUUGUUAAAACAACUUUGCUACAAGUCUGAUAAUGCCAUCAAGCUUGUUACAAGUUGUUAACAGCUUGUUCCAAACUUGUUACAACAACUGGGAACAAGCAGUGCGAAGACAACUUGUUGACAGCUUGUGAACAGAUUUUUAACAACUUGUUCGCAGACUUAAGUAACAACUUGUGCGUUUUUACGUGUGUAGUGGGGGCUGCCGGGCCAAUUGUCCCCCCAGUGUAUAUGUAUAUGUAAAUUAAAAUAUGCCUUGCAAAAUAUGGCAGAGUAGAAUGCGUGCCAUGCUCAAAGUUCUCUUUUUAGAUAGCAUGGCUAUUUCCCUGUAUCCGAAAUUACGUUGCAAGUUGUGGCAAGAAUUGUCUCGUGUAACCUUGUCAAGGCUUGAGUCAAUGGACCAUUUGCAUUAUAGACUAAAUUUUGAUCUCAACAAGUCUAGAUAAAAAUUUCAUCACGGCUUGAAAGAGCAUCACAAAAUUAGUAAUAUUCCAAAGUUUCGUUUCAAGGACCUAGAUCUGGGAAAAAUCUUAGAAAAUGGCACGAAUUUACCGUAAAUAAUUCACUUUAUUCAGUAAUUUUAAUCAAAAUCACUGUUGGCACAGCUGGAGGUUAAGGAAAUUACUCUUCCAGGAUUUUUAAGGACUUCUACUGAUUUUCAAGGACUUUACAAUCCUGAAAUUAUUUUUUUUCCAAUUCAAAGACUUUCCAGGAUUUUCAAGGCCCGUGGACACCCUGGUGAUAAAUAUGUAGUAUAGUUUAGUAAAGGUAACUCUCAUGCAAACUCUCGCUUGCCUCUCAUCUUCAAUUUACCAGGCCUUACUAGUUUAGGCAGUGAAAGUGCUUCUAAAUCGCUGAUGAGCAGCUUUAAAUCUUACGAAUUUAUUCAACUUUUAGUGGCAUCUUGGAUUUUUCAAGAAAGCAUACACACCAGAAAAAAGGGGAUUUCAAACUUUCUUUGGAUUUUACAACGGCCAAGAAGAUUACUGGGACCAUACCGUUCAUCAAGAGUACUCAGGUCUAGAUUUGAGACGGAAUGGAAAGGUUUGCUGUGUGCCAUUCACAAAUACAUCUCGAAUUCAUUAAUAUAUAAUUCAGCCAACCAUAUUGGGUAAAGACCUACCUAAAAUGAUCAUGUUUUGUGAUUGGCUUUCCGAAACAAAUCAGAAACAAAAAUGAUCAUUGUUCAUGACUCGUUCUUUAGAAAGACGAUUUCUGUAGUUUUAUUGUCUUUCAUUGUUAUAAUCAACCGACCACGAGCCUGGAUAGUAUAGGUACCUGUAUGGCUGUAUCUGAUGACCCACCGCAUAUUGCUUUAUUUUGAUUACAUGAUAAAUAGAGGAUAUUACACGACGGCGCGAAGAUAUGACUUCUAUCUUCGAGUGGUGAAAACAAUAUUUUAGGAACGAGCGCAGCGAGCGAGUAAAAUAUUGUUUUUAACACGAGAAGAUAAAAGUCAUAUCUUCAAGCCACCGUGUAAUGUUCUGUUUUUUAAAUAUUCCCAAGCAAAAAAUUGUGAAUUUCACGCUCAAAAGCAAAUUGGAAAAGUCACGUGAUCGAUAUCUUCACUACUCACUAGUGAAGAUAUGGAAAAUAUCUCGCUGUGUAUUUUUCAGUAUCUCACUCUCGACUAUAUAAUAAUACUGGAUAUCUAGUGAAGUAUAUUGACUGAACUGGAUCAAAAUUAAUUCAGUCCUUGGACUGGAUCAAAAUUAUUUCACCUCACUUUAAGUAGUGAUUUAUUCGUAUGAGAUGUCAUUUCAAAUCCGACUAUGAGGACUGGAUUUUAGAUUUCAAGUGAGGACUGGCAAGACUGUACUAGAUUGAUCAAAUUGCGCGGACUUGAAAUCUAGUCCAGUCCUCAUAGUCACAGAGUAGAUACUCUGCUCUGUGUCAUAGUCGGAUUUGAAAUAUCACGUCGAAACAAUGGGUGACCGGAUGGCAUGCAUGGAGGACAGUGGGAUUCUCAAAAUAAUUUUCCAGCGUUCUCCAAUGAAUUUGCAGCCCAUUGCCAUAAUGCGGUGCUCUCAAGCCCGUAGCUGGCUCUCAAUUUCUGGGGGGGGGGAGGGGGGCACUGCAGAAAGAAUGUAACAGAGGGGUUGGGAUGAUUUUGACUUUCGUGCUAGCUGGCAGCUAGUUUCCCUUUCCAGCUCAGAAAAAUUGGGAUCGAACGGAACGUUCUUCUACACUGUAAAUUAAAGUAUUAUACUUGUGCUCAAUUUUGUGAGUCUUUAAAGUUCUGUAUAGGGUUAGUUCAGCCGUCUGCUAUCUAGCCUAUAGCUUCUAACAAUGAGGUUAUUUAUUUUAGGCCACAAGCAAUCUAUUUUCAUACAAAAAUUGAGUAUGACUCUGAGCCUCAAGUAUUAAUCUUCUACGGUCGCUGUAGUACUGUAUAUCAUGGCAAAAAAUGUGGAAUAAGGGGGGGCAUAAUUUCAAUUUUAUUUCCGAGUGGCCGGGGGGGGGCACUGCCCCCAGGUCCCCCCUCAGCUACGGGCCUGGGUGCUCUAAAGUUAACGUUCCUUUUCUAUAGGUAAUUAAAGACCAAAAGGAUCAUUACGCAACAGAUAUGUUUACAGAUGAGACAGUUCAUAUAAUAGAGAAACACAAUACAGCGAAACCGUUAUUUAUAUAUCUUGCACAUCAAGCUGUUCAUACGGGAAAUCCUGAUUCACCAUUGCAAGCUCCUGAAGAACUCGUCGAGGUAAAGUACGACAUCAUCUAGACCAAACUAUACCUACACUGGAUAGCUAUCAGUUCUAAACUGUUCUCCCUAGAGGUCAGUAAGGGUCAUUCAUUGCUGAUCAUGGUAUUAAUCAGUAAUAAAUGGCCCUUAUUAAUUGAUGUAUUCAUUGGCCCAGUGUCACUACAGCCGUGGAGUCAACCUAAUAUGGUCGCCUUCAACUCGCGGCUAGCCCUGGGUACGAGGUUGCAGUGGAGUUUGAUACCAGGAAAAUCCGAGGAAAACCUGGGGUGUUUGGUCAAACUGGAAACACUCCAUUCUCGUACCCAGAACCCUUCUUACGCGCGGUGCGACGAGGGGCUCUGGCCAAAUCCCAAUCUCGUUCCCCGAGCCUGCGAUCCUCGGGAAGGAAUCGAAGGCUCUGGGAUAAUCCGUUACCGGAAGCCAAGAAUCCUGGCUAAGAUUGAACUACGCAUUCCAUUUCAAUGGCCAAUCAGAUUCCUCCCUGAAACGGAUUAUCCCAGAGCCUCGCGUUCCUUCCCGAGGAUCGCAGGCUCGGGGAACGAGAUUGGCCAAAUCCAUAACCGGAUACCAUAAAAACAUGGUAAGAAAACAAUAUCCGACGCUAGAACUAGCCAAUCAGAUGCCAGUUCGGAUAUGGAUUUGGCCAGAGCCCCUCGUCGCACUGCGCGUAAGAAGGUACGAGAAUGGAAACACUCUUCUUAACUUUUGCACUCGUUUGAGAAGUUAUAUCAUACGCAGUAUACACGCAAUCGAAUAUUAUGUAAAACACCUCAAAGUAUGCUAUAAAAAGCUUGCCUCGUUUCCAACAUACUAUUCAGUAUAUUGAAAAUCACUUAGCUAAACCUCGUCUCCAUUACGGCAUGUGUGUAAGCCGUAAUAAACGAGGCUAGCGAAAAAAAACAAAAUCGUGCAAAGAGGGAAAGCAAAAAAAAGACCUUUAAAAUUCUGCAAAAAAAUCCAGCCCAAGGAGACGGCCAAAAAAUUCGUGCAAGCUGAAAAUUCUAAUCGAAUUUUCUAAUCGUCCACCCCCUAUAAACACGUUUUUGCUUCAGAACUUCAAGCACAUUCCGAAUAAGGAACGUCAGAUGUAUGCUGCCAUGGUUAGUUCUCUGGAUGACUCUAUCGGCAAGUUGACUCAAGCAUUGAAGAAAAAGAAAAUUUACGACAAUACAAUUAUCGUGUUUGCGACGGAUAAUGGAGGGGCGCCAAAUGGAAUGGAAAGGUAAGACCAAAAACAAACCAGGGUUUAUUAGUUUCCUGGCCAAGUGCCCCAAAGGUGGGCAGACCAGGGUUUUAUUAGUUUCCUAGCCAAGUCUUCCGAAGGUGUGCAAACCAGGAAAUUUUGUUUCCUAGCCAUCAUUCCUGAAGGUACACAAACCAGGAAACACUGUUUCCUAGCUAUGUUUCUCGAAAGUGGAGAAAUCAGGAAACAUUAUUUCCUAGCCAAGUCUCCCGAAGGUGUGCAAACCAGGAAACAUUGUUUCCUAGCCAUGUUUUCUGAAGGUGGACAAACCAGGAAACAUUGUUUCCUAACAAUGUUUAUAUGGGUAUAGUUAUUGCUUAUUAUAUGGUUAUAUUAUACUCUAUAGUUAUUGCUUAUAGUAAUACAUUGCUCAUUAAAUACUGUAGCAUGUUCAGACAUACAAACUAGUUAAGAACUAAAGAAGACACUAUCUCACUUUGCUAUAUUUUUCUUCGUUCUAGAAAUUGGGGCUGCAACUAUCCUCUUCGUGGUGGCAAACAUACACUAUGGGAGGGAGGGGUGCGUGGUGUUGCGUUCGUACACAGCCCACUAUUGGUGGACACCAAACGUGUUAGCAAUGACGUCAUGCAUGUCACUGAUUGGUUACCAACCCUCUACCACGCGGCCGGCGGAGACUUGGAUGAUAUCAAGAUUAAACUGGAUGGAUACAAUAUGUGGAAUAUGAUAUCAUUAAGUAAACCCACCCCCCGGAAAGAGGUCCUUCAUAAUAUUGACCCAGUCACGAAAAAUGCUGCAAUCCGGAUGGGGAAAUACAAGUUGAUUGUUAAUCAAAAUAUGAAUUAUUAUUCCUCGUGGUAUCAGGUAUGAAUUGAAGAAUAUUUUUUGGUUGGAGAAAAUAAAAUAAAAUAAAACGUCUGUCAACAAAACGUCAACAAGUUGUUUUCGCACUGUUUGUCCUAAGUUGUUAACAACUUUGGAACAAGCUGUUAACAACUAGUAACAACCUUGUUGAUAUUAUCAGACUUGUUGCAAGGUUGUUCCAACAAGUCCGAUACAGUCAUGAUAUAACAAUAUUGUCACAAUUACCUUGUAACAUUCUUGUUAUAUCAUGACUGUAUCAAACUGGUUAGAACAACCUUGUAACAAGUCUGAUGCUAUGAAGCUUGUUACAAGGUGUUAACAGCUUGUUCCAAACUUGUCACGACAACAGGGAACAAGCAGUGCGAACACAACUUGUUGACAGCUUGUGAACAGAUUUGUAACAACUUGCGCGUUUUUACGUGUGUACACAAUACACCUCCACUGGGCCACCACAUCACUAUCCCUUAGUAUUUCAGACAUUUAUAACUAAGUUUAGUAUUUAUACGUUGAAGUUUUUUGUAUUCAGAGGUUCCAGUCCAGACGAGAUCCAGACGAUGAUUUCAAAGUUCUAAAGAUGGAGGUGUUACCGCGAGCUGAAUUAAUGUGCACAAAAUUCGAGAAGAGAGAUUCAACUUUUGAUUGUGAUCCUUCUAUUUCACCAUGCUUAUAUAACAUCGAGACAGGUAUAGACAGCAGGACUUCUUUAAUGCAAACUUAGUAUUAGUCAUUUGAAAUAGGUUAAAGUUCUGAAAUUGUAGCAACUCUAGGUUUGAAUACAGUCGAAUCCCUGUUAAAGUGGCACUGUCAUCAAAAUUUUUAUCCUCUUAAACGAAAAUGCUCUUAAAACUGUAUAGUAACUUGUUUUGAAGAUUUUUGUUGCCAUGCUUAGUUCUUGAGAUAUUUCAUUUUGUUUGUAACCAUGUGACGUCAUUUACUCAAUACAUAUAUGUGUAUUUUUGCUAUUUUUUAUCAAAAUCUUUCGAAAGAUGCGGCGGGUUUGUUAAUUUAAUCUACAUCAUUAAACAUACUGUUUUUUUAAACAAAUCCAUCAAAAAUAGCAAAGAUACACAACAAUUACUGAUUUCUCAUUAUAUAUGUAAUUGAGUAAAUGACGUCACAUGGUUACAAACAAAAUGAAAUAUCUGAAGAACUAAGCAUGGGAACAAAAAUCUUCAAAACAAGUUACUAUACAGUUUUAAGAGCAUUUUCGUUUAAGAAAAUAAAAAUUUUGAUGACAGUGCCACUUUAACGGACACACCUCUUAAUAAGCGGACACAUACCUCCGAUCCAAAUUAUUUCUUUACAAAAACAUUAUCAUUACUCCUAUAUUCAGCGGACAUCUCUAUUACAAGCGGGCAAUUCAAACUCGAGGUCCCAAAUGAGCCGAAAACCUCUCUUGAGCGGACGAACGUAACUGAUGCACGAAUACAAAUAAAUAUGUUUAAUCAAAUUUUCAUAACAAUCGACAGCAAAAUUUAAUUUUAAGGAAAUUCACUAUACAUCUAUUUAUUAUUGUUUUGCAGUAUUUCUACGUAGUAUAAACGCCGACAUCUUGAACUAAUAUUGGCACCUCUGAUUUUGGCAUAAAGCCGAAAUUUUGAGAAUUUCUAAAUUUUUGGCUAUUAAAGUACUAUGGCUAUGCCUAGGCUAUGGUGACUAAAAAUGCAAAAUUUCAUGUUCACUUUUCACACAAAUAUAGUCUACACAAAAAGUAUGUAUAAGUCAUUUAAUGAAGUCUAAGUGAGUAGUCUCAAGCUGCCUUUGAGUUAUUUUACAGAUGGCAAAACAGUAACUUCAUACCGUAAGUUUUCUUCAUUUUUAAGUGUCAAAAACUGAAAAUCGGCUACGAUUUUCAUAGUUAAAAAACGUAAUCGUUUAAGUUAAGGGACCGGUCAUGAAGUAACUGCUAGGCCUAGGGCGGUGGGCUGGAGUGAUUUGGGAUGGGCCAUGGAAAAUCUUUGGGCAAUUUCGAUGGGCCGCCAAUUUUUUUGUAUGUCCACGGUUGGGCCACCAAACAAAAACGCAUGCAUGUCUACUUCAAAAAAUAAAGAUAUUAAUAAUAAAAAUAAACAAAACUAUCCAAAUUAUCAAAUGCAAAUGCUGCUAUUGAAGCCAGUACUUUGUUUAUACAACAAGAAGUGGUCGAAUCACAGCAGAUACAGCCAAAUGGAGAGCAUCUCAGUAUCGUAAUUGGUGAUGAAUGUGUUGGUCAAGUUUGGUGGAAUUAUGUAUGUCAAUACAGUGCCGUGUAUAUUUACAAUGUUCAUACCUGCAAUUUAUUAUAAAAGUGUAUUUUCCCUAUUUAGAUUGGGUGGGUCAUGAAAAUUUUUUUGUAACGAUUAGAUGGGCUUUGAAAUUUUUAUCCACAUCCCAAGAUGGGUCAUCAAACUUAUUGGCAAAAUUUGUGAUUUACCUCCAGCCCACCCUAGCAGUUACUUUAUGACCAGUCCCUAACAAAACUUUAUCCUGUUUCAGAUCCAUGUGAAUACGACAAUCUGUUCUCCCGAAAAUCCAAGCUGGCUGCGAUCAUGUUUAAACGUCUUAUUCAUUACCAACGUCACGGUAAACCAGUUUUAAACCCAGAUCGUGAGGCCGCUGCUAACCCCAAGCUCUUUAAUGGCACCUGGUCACCUUGGCAAGUACUGGAAAGCGACCACUUGGUGGAAAACGCGAACAGAAAGAUCCCGUAUCCACACGACAAAUGUUACAGGGGAAUAAAUCAUGUUCAAGCAAAAAGUUCCAAGAAAUCGUUCAUCCCAGAAGACGGUAACGACAUGACCCAGAGCCAGACUACAUCAUUCUUGGAUGACCUCAUGAUCAAAAUGUUUAAAAAUUAA